AUGUCUACGCCUGUUGCCCGUUUGGCCCAACUAGCCAACAUUUUGGCACCUAAUCCCACCGCAGCAUACGCUGCACAUCUGCACCACCCAGAGGCCUCCUUGUCUCCAGAACACCCUUUCCGUGUUGCUGUGAUCGGCUCGGGUAACUGGGGGACGACCAUAGCUAAAGUGAUCGCCGAAAACGCUGCGGCAAGACCCCGUUUGUUCCGUCACCAAGUCAAUAUGUGGGUGCACGAUGAAAUCAUCGAUGGUGAAAAAUUGACUCACAUCAUCAACACCAGACACGAAAACGUCAAGUACUUGCCCGGUGUGAUCUUGCCGAGAAACAUCAGAGCCGAAGCAGAUAUCGGCAAUGUAGUCCAUGACGCCGACUUGAUUGUCUUUAACUUGCCUCAUCAGUUCUUGCCCCGUGUAGUCAAAUCGUUGAAGGGUAAGAUAAAGCACGGUGCCAGAGCCAUCUCGUGCUUGAAGGGUUUGGAAGUGACUCCAGAAGGCUGCAAAUUGUUGUCUACCUACAUCACGGAAGAGUUAGGCAUCGUUUGCGGUGCUCUCAGUGGUGCCAACAUUGCUCCAGAAGUUGCUAGAUGCAAAUGGUCAGAGACUACCGUAGCCUACAAGCUCCCAGAGGACUUCAGAGGUGCGGGUAAGGACAUCGACAAGUUCGUGUUGAGAGCAUGUUUCCACAGACCCUACUUCCACGUCAAUGUUAUCGAGGAUGUUGCCGGUGUAUCUGUAGCUGGAGCUUUGAAGAAUGUGGUUGCUUUAGCUGUAGGAUUUGUAGAGGGCUUGGGCUGGGGUGACAACGCUAAGGCUGCUGUCAUGAGAGUAGGAUUGUUGGAGACGAUCAAGUUCUCAGAAACAUUCUUCCCUGAGUCCAUUGCAUCCACUUUCACAGCCGAGUCGGCUGGUGUAGCUGAUUUGAUCACAUCAUGCUCUGGUGGUAGAAAUGUGAAAGUCGGUAGAUACAUGGCCCAAACCGGAUCUUCGGCCGAAAACGCUGAAAAGAUGUUAUUGAACGGCCAGAGCUCCCAGGGUAUCGUAACUGUUCGUGAAGUUCACGACUUGUUGACCAACGUAGGCAUGCUCGACAAAUUCCCCUUGUUUGAAGCUACCUAUCAAAUCAUCUAUGGCUCAGAGUCCAUCGAAAACUUGCCUCUCUUGUUAGUAGGAGAAUAAGCCAGUAUUCUUCUAGCAUCGUCGUCAUUCUCUAGUAGAUUCGCUUUUUAAUUCACCCAGUCAUUGACUGAGAUCUCUCUGUCCAUAGUGUUUGUUUUCUUAUCAUCUUUUCGUAUUCACAUUGCUUCGAUCAUAAAUAACUAAUAUACAUUAUAUU